UAUACUUGAAAACUUGAAACUACGUCCAAAUAUAAUAAGUGUAUAAUCUAUGACUACGUCGUCUAAAAUAUAAGAACGUUUAUCAUCUGAAUUUGUUUUUCUGAAAUAUAUAAAAUGGCUUUUUUAAUCAACGGAAUUCGUCGAUGUAUGUGUCUUAAAGGCUUUGGAAGUCCUAAUGUGAUUCUUGCGGCACCUUAUCAUGCAAACGUCAUUGACCAUUACGAGAAUCCUCGCAAUGUUGGUUCAUUGGAUAAGAAAGAUAAAAAUGUAGGUACAGGCCUCGUUGGUGCACCUGCAUGUGGAGACGUAAUGAAGUUGCAAAUCAAAGUGGACGAGAAUGGAAAAAUCGUUGAUGCCAAAUUUAAAACUUUUGGAUGUGGUUCAGCUAUAGCUUCAAGCUCUCUUGCCACUGAAUGGGUUAAAGGAAAAACAGUUGAUGAGGCACUAAAAUUGAAGAACACAGAUAUUGCUAAAGAGCUGUCCUUACCACCAGUCAAGCUUCAUUGCUCUAGUAAGUUUUUAAUUGUUAAACUGCAAUUUAUCAACAUAGUAAUGAUAUGUACAAAACUUUUUUUACUGGAACUGUAAAGAGUCAGAACAUUUACCAAAUUUUUUAAGUUCUUUUCAUAUGAAUUACAGACACUAAGUACUUUAAUUUGAUACCACACACAUGAAGCUAUUGUCUGUGAUUAAAUAAAGCAUCAUAUUUUACCAUACUGAAUUUUAAAAUGCAUUAUUGGAAUAACUAUGGAUUUGGUAAUUACUUAAUAACAGGUGGCAUGUAAGCUUAUUGAUCCAUCUCAGCAAUAAAAAAUGCUAAGGAAAAGUUAGUGUAACACAGAAAAUAUUCUGGUCCAGAUACAAAUUAAGCAAAAUACUAUCUACGGUCACGGUGGCAUAAUAAUUUUAAUGAAUAUGAACCAUUGAAUUAGGACCAUUGUACUUGUGCCUUCACUCUGUGGUUGAUUUAUGAUUAGUAUACUGGACACUAUAGCAGGGGUGGGCAAAUAUUUUGAUAGUCGGGCCACAUUGCAGAUGAAAAUUUGACCUCGGGCAAAACAGUUUUUUUUUUCUAAUUUUAAGUAUAGUUUUUGCUUAGGAUGUCAAUUAAUAAUUUUUUUAUAACUUUUGAGAAAAUUAGUUCGACUCUUCGAAUUGAAAAAUAUGUUAAGCAAAUACAUGAGUUUCAGUUUCAUUAUUUCUUUAGUGUUUUACGAUGCAUGCACCCUCAGUAGAUCUAUAUAUGCUUUUAUUUCGUUUAAUUUUCUGCCAAUUUAUUGCGGACAGAUAUUCCUCCAAAUGAAAAUUAAUAUAAAAUAACUUGCGUUCUACUAUAUUGCAGGAGAAAAUGGCGGCUUUAGAUUUAAGUUAUUUUGUUUAUUCAUGCAAUAAUGUGAUAUAAUAAGUAUAAUAACUAAUAAAAUUGUGCGACUCUUAUACAUACUGUAAUUGUUCAAUUAUCAUAAUUAUAUUUUCGAAUAGGAGGCGCUGAAAAGAGGGGUUGUCCGGGAGAACAUUUUGGCUCCCACCAGCAUUUAUGUUAUACAAAAACUAAUAUUUGUGUUUUUAAUAAUAAUAAAAUGCUUCACGGGCCAAAAAAAAUUCUACCGCGGGCUGGCCUUUAGCCAGGCCUGCUCUAUGGAGUAUAAAACAUGUGCAGGGUUGAACUGUAAUAGUAAUGAUACUAGCUGGAUGGAAAAUAAUCUUUACAUACUAAACGUGAACAUUUUUUUUUUUAUUGCUUAGUUGGGUGGACGAACUCACAGCCCACCUGGUGUUAAGUGGUUACUGGAGCCCAUAGACAUCUACGACGUAAAAUGCUCCACCCACCUUGAGAUAUAAGUUGUAAGGUCUCAGUAUAGUUACAACGGCUGCCCCACCCUUCAAACCGAAAUGCAUUGCCUCACGGCAGAAAUAGGCAGGGCGGUGGUACCUACCCGCGCGGACUCACAACAGGUCCUACCACCAGUAAUUACGCAAAUUAUAAUUUUGCGGGUUUCACUUUUAUUACACGAUGUUAUUCCUUCACCGUGGAAGUCAGUCGUGAACAUUUGUUGAGUACAUAUUUCAUUACUUUAUAAAAAUGAUAUUUUAUGUGCUAUAAAUUAAAAGCAAAGCCAGCAGCAUUUAAUCUUUGUAACAUUUUAACAUAUUACAUUGACAUGAAGUCAUUUUAGUGUUACAAAAAUACACAAUGAAAGUUUUCAUGAUUGGGGUGUUAAGAUUUUUGAUGUUUAGAUUUUUAAUACCUUUUUGGUGUUUUCAGUGCUUGCAGAAGACGCAAUUAAAGCAGCGUUAUCAGAUUACAGAAUCAAACAACAGACAGAAAAUAAGGAGUAAUUGUUAUCAAUGACUCAACAAAAUGGAAAAGAUCUGUGAUGAAGUUAUGUAUUCUCAAUAAACCAUAUUAAAGUUUUUGUCUCUUCAAAUAUUUCAAAAAUAAAAUUGUUAUUUUGUUUGUAAAUUAUAGUAAAAAAUAAUUCAAAUUAUUUGUAAGUAGUUUGAUGUCAUUUUUAACACAUUUUAGGCUUAUUUUGAAUUCUAUGAACAAUUUGUAAAUAUGGGUUUAUUUAUAGGUGUAGAGAAUUAAAUUCAAUAUACCUGUGGUCAUUAGCAAAACAUCAGUAUGAAUUAUGAUUAAUAACCAAUCAAUUAUGAUAAACAAUAAUAAAAAAUAAUCAAUUGUGCUUACAAUUCAGAAUAAAGUCCAGUUAGUCUUGGGAUUCAAUAGUUUGGAAAGAUUGUUUCUGAUUUUUUCGGUUUUUGCAGUUAUUUAUUUUAUCUAAUAACCACAGAAAUAUAUUUGUUAGCAAGUGUAAAAUUUGAAAAGUCGAAUUGUUGUAGUAUGUUAAAAAAGUAGUUGGGUAAAUUACUUCAUGCCCAAUAAUGAGUUUGUUAAUAAGUAAUAAUAGAAUGCUAUUGUAGUUCCAAUAAAAUAUAAAAGUUAA